AGCAUCAGCACCAAAAUAAAAAAUGGAAUCCGCCGGAAGAUGAAAACAUCGCUUCUUUUUAGUCGGCGUUUGCCUAUUUUAAUCAUUUCUGUUUUUUUAAAACAGUGUUCAUGUUUAGAUGAUAUCGCAGUAGGAUUUAGUAGGAUGCGUCCGUACUAAAGAGACCUUUAUGGAUUCGCGGGACGGCGUUUGGAACGCAUCCGCGCUGAAUUAGACGGAUAAGAAGAGGAUAUUAUUGACAAGCUCUCUCGUGUUACUUUCGCCGGUGUCUAGUGGGAUGCACAUCAGUGUUUGUCCGUAUUCGCUCUCCGUCGUAAUGGCCGCUCUCUACCAGGGCACCGACGCUUCCUCCCCGGAUAAAUUUCUGGCCUUGAAAGACGUGAGAGAGGUGAAGGAGGAAACGACUCUGGACGAAAAGCUCUUUCUGCUGGCCUGCGAGAAAGGUGACUACUACAUGGUGAAGAAGCUGCUGGAGGAGAACAGACACGGUGAACUCAACAUCAACUGUGUGGAUGUUCUGGGUCGUGAUGCAGUCACCAUCGCGAUUGAGAAUGAGAACCUCGAUAUCCUGCAGCUCCUCCUUGAGCACGGCUGUCAGGCUACGGAUGCACUGCUGGUGGCCAUUGACUCUGAAGUUGUUGGAGCUGUGGAUAUUCUGCUCAAUCACAGGCCCAUCCGAUCCACCAAGCCAUCUAUUGCUAAACUGAUGCAGCGAAUCCAGAACCCAGAGUACUCGACCACCAUGGACGUGGCUCCGGUCAUCCUGGCAGCACACAGGAACAACUACGAGAUCCUGACCAUGCUGCUGAAGCAGGACAUCUCUCUGCCACGGCCUCACGCGGUCGGCUGCGAGUGCACGCUGUGCAAUGCCAAAAACAAGAAGGACAGCUUGCGACACUCGAGAUUCCGCUUGGACAUUUACCGCUGCCUGGCCAGUCCAUCUCUGAUCAUGCUCACUGAGGAAGAUCCCAUCCUCCGAGCGUUCGAGCUGAGUGCAGACCUCAAGGAGCUGAGCCUUGUUGAAGUGGAGUUCAGAAACGACUAUGACGAGCUGGCAAAGCAGUGUAAGAUGUUUGCCAAGGACCUGCUGGCUCAGGCCCGAAACUCACGAGAGCUGGAAGUCAUACUCAAUCACACGUCCAGUGAGGAUGUGGUGGACAAGAGGGGCUUACUGGAGGAGCGCAUGAAUCUCAGUCGCCUGAAGCUCGCCAUCAAGUACAAUCAGAAAGAGUUCGUGGCUCAGUCCAACUGCCAGCAGUUCCUCAACACUGUCUGGUUCGGGGAGACGGCCAGCUAUCGGCGCAAGCACACUUGUCUGAAGAUGGCGACGGUCCUGAGUAUAGCCAUGCUCUGGCCGCUGCUCUCUGUCUGCUACCUGCUGGUGCCACGCUCUCGUGUGGGCCAGAUCAUCCACACCCCCUUUGUCAAGUUCAUCAUCCACAGUGCCUCCUACUUCACCUUCCUGCUACUCCUCAAUCUCUACUCGCUCGUCUACAACGAAGACAUCAAGAACACCAUGGGCCCGGAGCUGGAGAUGAUCGAUUACCUGCUCAUCCUCUGGAUCAUAGGAAUGGUUUGGUCCGACGUGAAGCGACUCUGGUACGAGGGGCUGGAGGACUUCUUGGAAGAGUCGAGGAACCAGCUGAGUUUUGUGAUGAAUUCUCUUUACUUGGCCACCUUUGCUCUGAAGAUAGUGGCUCACAGCAAGUUCAAGAAUGUGGGGGAGACUGAGAGGAAGAACUGGGAUGCAUUCCACCCCAUCCUAGUGGCCGAAGGCUUGUUUGCCUUUGCCAACAUUCUCAGUUAUUUGCGACUCUUCUUCAUGUACACCACGAGCUCCAUACUGGGACCACUUCAGAUCUCCAUGGGGCAAAUGCUGCAAGAGUUUGGAAAGUUUCUGGGCCUCUUCCUGCUGGUGUUGUUCUCCUUCACCAUCGGUCUGACGCAGCUCUACGGAAAAGGGCAGAAAGACCGCGAGAAGAACCAGACCAAGGACUGCGAGGGGAUCUUCUGCCCACAGCAGAGCAAUGAUGCAUUUCACACGUUUAUGGGCACCUGCUACGCUUUGUUCUGGUACAUCUUCUCACUAGCACACGUGGCUCUCUACGUCACUCACAUCAGCUACUCGGACGAGCUGCGUUCGUCCGUGGGCGCCAUGAUCAUAGGCACUUACAACAUCGUGGUGGUCAUCGUUCUGACCAAGCUGCUGGUGGCCAUGCUGCACAAGAGCUUCAGACAGAUCGCCAAUCACGAAGACAAGGAGUGGAAGUUUGCACGGGCCAAGCUGUGGUUGAGCUAUUUUGACGAUAAGUGCACGCUGCCGCCGCCCUUCAACAUCCUCCCCUCUCCCAAGACAGUCUGCUAUCUGGUGACCAGCAUGAGCAAGUGGAUCUGCUCACACACCUCCAAGGGCAGAGUGAAGAGACAGAACAGUCUCAAGGAGUGGAAGAACCUCAAGCAAAAGCGUGAUGAGAACUACCAGAAGAUCAUGUGUUGUCUGGUUCACCGCUAUCUGACCUCCACCCGGCAGAAGAUGCAGAGCACGGACCAGGCCACGGUGGAAAACCUGAACGACCUCCGCCAAGAUCUCUCCAAGUUUCGCAACGAGAUGAGAGACCUGCUGGGAUUCCGAACCUCCAAGUAUGCCAUGUUCUACCCGAGAACCUAAGACAAAACUCGGCUCGCUUCUCUGUCUUUCUAAAAACGCUUCUUUAUCUAUGAUGCGGCGCGACCCAAGCAUGUGCAAAAAAGUAAAAGUUGUUGCAGAGGGCAACUUUUAACCUUCAUAUCAAAACUAUAUUAUAAUAGUAUCCACAGUCCUCCUGCUCAGUGUUUUUAUUGUAAAUAAAUAAUAAUAAUUUCCGAAAACUUUUCAUUGUGACUGGUCCUUCUCAGAUUUGAACUUUGACCUCCAAUGCUAUGCUUGAUCGGUUUUCACAUCAUGUGAGGGGUCACACCACACACACCUGAUCCGCACCUUACCAGCAGGAACUUGAAUAAAGUCAAAAAUAAAGCCACCAAGACGCACACGGUACGUAGCAGUGUGUUUAUUAUUGACAGAAGAAAAUAAAUAUUAAUCACAUAUGAAAAUAGUUCACUUUUUUGAUCUGACAGCCACUUUUUGUGACAUUCAUGUAAUAAAUAUUGCACUUUUAUCCCCACAUUUUAAUUAAAUUAAGAAAAAAAUGUGGCUUUUGCAAAGUGCAUUUUGUUUCAUA